CACGCGAAACAGACGUGCAGUUUGACAGUUUUUGUGUUUGUGUGCGUGUUUUGUGUGGAAUUUUCCGCGGAGUUUUUCGAGCUGUUGGUGAAAAAUAAAAACAAUCAGCGGAAAUUGCUUCGUUGCAGUGCAAUUAGGUAGAAUAUGUGAAAAUUCAGACCCCCGCAGAGGCAUUGUGUGCUAAAUAGGAAAAAGAACCGAAGCAGGGGUUGGUGUGAAAGAAAGAAAAGUUUCGGAAGGAAAUGGAUGGGAAUUCCAAUAUGAAGAAUGAAAAAGCAUUCAUUUGUGGGGUUGUCGAAGGUUUCUACGGACGCCCAUGGACGACGGAGCAGCGGAAGGACUUAUUUGCCAAGCUCAAGAAGUGGGGAAUGAAUUCGUACGUGUACGCCCCGAAGGAUGACUACAAGCAUCGAGCGUAUUGGCGUGAAUUGUACACGGUGGAGGAGGCAGAUCAUCUCACGAGCCUCAUUGCAGCCGCUAAGGAGCACGAAAUCAACUUCUACUACGCCCUCUCGCCGGGCUUGGAUAUGACCUAUAGCAAUGCCAAGGAGACGGCGACGCUGAAGCGGAAACUGGAGCAAGUUUCGCAAUUCGGAUGCGAAGCCUUUGCCCUCCUCUUUGACGACAUUGAGCCGGAAAUGACAAAGGCCGACAAGGAGGUGUUCCAGAGCUUCGCACACGCCCAAGUUUCCGUGACGAAUGAAAUCUUCAAUCAUCUCAAUUGUCCGCGUUUCCUCUUCUGCCCAACGCAGUACUGCAGCUCCAGGGCGGUGCCCUCAGUUCCACGGAGCGAGUACUUAAACACCAUCGGCAGCAAACUUGCCCAGGACAUUGAGAUUCUCUGGACGGGACCACGUGUAGUGUCCAAAUUCCUCACCGUGGAGGGUAUUCAGGAGAUAACUGAGGUCCUUCGACGACCCCCCGUGAUCUGGGAUAAUCUCCACGCCAAUGAUUACUGCAGCAAACGCCUCUUCUUGGGACCCUACUCCGGGCGAUCGCCCAAGCUCAUCCCUCUGCUCAAGGGAGUCCUCACGAAUCCCAAUUGCGAGUUCCACGCCAAUUCCGUGGCCAUCCACACCCUCGCCCACUGGUCUAAAUGCACCACGGAAGCUAACAUUGACAAUGCAAUAUCAGCGGACAUAAAAUUAGAGACUGAGGGCGAUCAGGGUGGUUUUGGCGAUGACAUGGCGCCCAAUUGCAUGGCAAAGAACAUCUACCACCCCCGGGAGGCACUGAAGAAUGCCAUUCAAGACUGGUUGCCGGAAUUCACGAUAGAAAAGGAAGCCUGGGGCCCCAUUACGAAGCCCCAUCCACCUGUGACGAUGGUCAUGCCAAUUAUCCCCAUUAUACCCUCUGUCAAUACGUGCAUGAGUCUCACGACGCCCACAACGGCCACGGUGACGUGCACGCAGACGAUGAAGGUGCCGGAAGUCAAUACGACGCAACUUCAGGCACUCGCGGAGGUUUGUAGCACUGUUACGGGGGCCGAGACCAUCCAGCCGCUGCCGAAUGUCGUUAUGAAUUCCCUCGUGUCAGCCAAGAAGAUUGUCACGAAUGACACCAUCCCCAAUCCCAUUGUGUCGAAUCUGACGAUCCCCGAUAAGAUUCCCGUGCCGUGUAUUCAAGCACCAAUUAUGAGUAUCAAGGAUAGUAGUUCAGGAGAUUCCGGAGGUGAGGGAAAAGAUGGGGAAGGGGCAAAAGUGGAAAUUAUUGAGCCAAUUGAGGAAGAUAUUACGGAAAAGGAUGAAAUGGUGGAGAAGGAAGUGGAAUCAGUGGUUGUUGCGGAAGAUGGGAAGAAUGCAGCGCCUGGUGCGCCCGAGACUGAGGCCGGAACAGAAGUGAUGGCCAUUGCGGAUGAGAAUCCAUCGCCGCAUAGCACAACGGAGCCAAUGGAAUGCGGAAGUAGCGUCUUGUCGUCAUCGCCGAAGCAGAAGAGCUCCUCCGAGGAUGUUGUGAUGUCUGAGAGUGUUUCCACAAGCUCCGGGAGUAUGCACGUGGAGACUUCCGAUGGUUCCCUGAAUUCCAACGUGGAAUUGGGGGAGGAUGUCUCGAAGGAGUUAUCAAAUGAGGAUCUAAGCUUCCUCUGUGACCUCUUCUAUUUGCCCUUUGAGCACGGCAGCAAGGGUCUCGUGAUACUCAAUGAGUUUCAUUGGCUCAAGAGCAAUGCCAGCGUGCUGCUGGGUGCCCCCAAGAAGCCACAACAGGAUGGAGCCGUGAAGCCGGAAGUGCAGGAAUGGCUGCAGCGCAGUGAAAAAUUCAGCACACUCUGUCAGUCAAUCCACAUCCUGGCCAAGAAGUUCAGUGUGUGCGUCAACAAGGAGCUGGUUUAUGAUCUUUUCUCCUACGUCUGGGACAUUGCGGGUAUUGUGUCGCUCCUUAAUGCCUUCGUGAAAUGGCUGGCACUCGCACACUUUCCGUCCAACAUCAAUUCCUACACCCAAGGGUCGUAUACGUGGUUUAGCAAAGGAUGGAAGGACACCUUCAUGUCAGGCGAGCAGGAGCCAUGGGUAUUCCGGGGAGGACUAACAGCUGAUCUUCAGAGACUCCUUCCGGUGGAUUCUGGGAAUGAUUUGUUCCUGUACAAGCUCCCGGAUACACCAUCGUCGAAUUUCUACACAGUCCGUCCGUACGUUUUUACGGACGAGGAGGCAGUGUACAGCAUUUGCCACAAAACCUGCCGCGACGGGUCAGAUUGUUCGGAACUCUUCCCGGAGAAUUUGCAGGGAAUCCCUGCUGAUCGUCUCGUGGGUCCUUUCAUAACGAUUAAUCCGGAAUUCUGCAUGGUGAUGGAAUGCGGCACCCUGGGGAUUAUUGGCUACAUCUGUGGGGCUCUCGAUGCGAAGGUCUUCUACAAGAAUCAGCAAAUGUGCUGGCUUCCGGCCAUGUGUCUCAAGUACCCCAUUGAACUGCUCGAAUCGCCGGAUUUGACACCAACGGCCAAGGAUUCCAUCAAUCACUUCCACAACUUCAAGUAUGACUGCCCACAGGAUGUUCUCAACACGUACCCAUCGAUGAUGACGUGUUGCGUCCUCAAGGAGCAACUAACGCACGAUCCGUCGGUGGCCAAGAGACUCGUUAUUGUCCUCCUGGCUGCCUUCCGGUCAAAUGGCUCCUUUGGCGUGCACGUCUGCAUCAAUCGCACCGAUCGCUACAUGCAUCAAUUCUACACAAAGCUGGGCUUUACGGAAAUUCUCCAGGAUAACAUGCGCAUCUACCUGGGCAGGAACUUUUAACAUUUCACUGCUCUUCUCACAUUUUUUUUUAUAAAGAAAAAAACAUUUUAUCUCACUCUCAGCUCCCUUUAUUUGUAAAACGCGGCAUUUAUUGCAUUUUUCUCAUCUUUUGGGUCGUUUAUUUGCUGAAGAAUUGGCCCAACUUCCGGAAGAGCCAUAAUUGGAACAAAUUGAACAAAAUUGUGGGGAAAAUUUAAUUAAAAUUUCUUCGUUUUUUAAGGAAUUUUUUCGAUGGGAAAAGUUAACAAAAAAAUUGUAAAAAUAAUGCAAAAUUAACUAAAAUAUCAAUCAUAGAGAAUAAAUGACCCAAAAAUGCAUUUUUCUCCUCAAAAAAUAUCUUUCAUUCUCCUAACAAUUUGCAUUGUGAUCUUACAGAACUAUUUAACAUGAAAUUAAUUAAAAUCAACUACAGAGAA